UGAAGUUCAAAAAUUACUUUUAUGACAGUGUGACAAUUUUGAAAUUGAUUUUUUGAAAGUGCCAGGUUAUUGAUUAGUUUGUGCGUUACGUGUUACGUGUAUACUCAACGUGUGUCCUUAACGCGUUCGUAUAUAAAAUUGCCACGGCACUACCAAUGGCCCUAGAGGAUCGCUGCAGUCCGCAAUCUGCUCCAAGUCCGCCUGGCCUACCGCAAUCGCCACACCAGCAUCGCCUUAACCAACAGCAACAGCAACAACAACAAUACGCUCAUCAAUUGCAAUACAACCCAACCGCCGUCACUACUGUGUUAGACAUGAGCCUGCAUCCACAUCCGCCACCGCCACCACCACCACACGUAGCUGCCGCCACAAUUUCGCCCACUAUGUUGCCACAUCCUGUUAGUGCGUCUGCCGCCAGCAAUGCAGCAGCCGCCGCGACACUAUAUCACCAGCAUCAACAAUUGCAACAUUUACAUCAUUUGCAACAAUUACAACAACUACACCAACAGCACUUAGUAAAUGCCGCCGCCUUCCAUCAACAUCCUGGUUUUGAUGCAGCAACAGCCACAGCUUUGGCGGCGGCUAAUCAUGCCGCCACAUUACAACAGCGCUUGGCCGCCUCGCCAGGCGCUACCUCAACACCGUCAUCUACACCCGCCUCGACAAUGACCAUCAAGGAAGAGGAGAAUGAUUCGAUUAUGGGUGAUAGUUUUAAUGGUGACGCGCACAAUGGCAGCUCACAAAUGCGUGGACACACAACGGAGGAUGAUGACGCGGAAGAUGAGGAUGAAGAUGAAGAUGAUGACAUCGAUGUAGACGAUGUAGAUGAUGCUGCACCAAACAGUAGCUCACAUCGUUCACCACCACCCGCACAUCAACAAUCCGCUAAGCCAUCACUCGCCUUUUCGAUCUCCAAUAUACUUAGCGAUCGCUUCGGUGGCAAUGAAGUGGGUAACCGUAGUGCCGGUGACAACUCAGCGCAGCAAACAACGACUAAACAAACACAUUUACAUGCGAACAACAUAUUUCGCCCUUUCGAUGCAGCGCGUUCGGCCACACCAUCCGCCUUUACGCGUGUUGACCUGCUCGAACUGAGUAGGCAACAACAGGCGGCAGCCGCCGCCGCCACUGCCGCUAUGAUGUUGGAGCGUGCUAACUUUUUGAACUGUUUUAAUCCUGCCGCUUAUCCACACAUCCACGAAGAGAUUGUUAAUAGUCGUAUGCGACGUAGUGGCGUUCUACCGCCAGCUGCUAUGAAAUGCAGCGAGUCGGCGGGAACAGCUGCAUUGUCACCCACUGCCGUCGGCAGUAUGGGCGCUAUGGAAAAAUCCGCUUUAGGCUCACUCUGCAAAGCGGUCUCACAAAUUGGUCAAACUGUGUCUGCGCCAGCGUGUUCGAGCACCUCAUCAGCGGCAAGCGCGUCCAGCUUAGCGAGUCCACCACCUGCUUCCAAUGCAUCCAGCGCAUCCUCCUCAACCUCGACGUCUGCGUCGGCGGGUAGUUCGCUUAAUUCAUCGCCCACGAGCAGAAACAUGCCGAGCAAAAGUAGUAGUCCACAGCCCAUACCGCCACCAUCGGCGGUUAGCCGUGACUCGGGAAUGGAGUCAUCGGAUGAUACGCGCUCCGAAGCGGGUUCUACGACAACGGAUGGUGGCAAGAAUGAGGUAUGGCCGGCGUGGGUGUAUUGCACACGUUACAGUGAUCGACCGAGUUCGGGCCCACGUUAUCGUCGCCCCAAGCAACCGAAGGACAAAACUACUGACGAAAAACGGCCGCGUACCGCCUUCUCCAGCGAACAGUUGGCGCGUUUGAAGCGCGAAUUCAAUGAGAAUCGUUAUCUUACCGAACGUCGUCGUCAACAGCUGAGCGCUGAAUUGGGUUUAAAUGAGGCGCAAAUCAAAAUUUGGUUCCAAAAUAAACGCGCAAAAAUAAAGAAAUCUUCAGGUUCCAAAAAUCCACUCGCUCUCCAAUUAAUGGCCCAAGGACUCUACAAUCAUACGACGGUGCCGUUGACGAAAGAGGAGGAGGAGCUUGAAAUGCGUAUGAAUGGGCAGAUCCCAUAAGUGAACGGGUGGCGCUAAAGCUGCUUGUGGGUGGGGAAUAAGCAACGAGCAGAAAUAAAUAUAUAUAUUCGUUGCCUCUCAGCUGCGGGUAAUCUAAAUUUGACGACGCGUGCAAUAAUUAGGGUAGGAUAGAGAAGAAACAACUGAGUUUACGGCCGCCAGCCGUCGGUAGAGUUUAUGAGAAAAUAUAAAUAUAUAUUCUUAAAAGCAAAGUAAAAAUUUGUUAUGUGAUAUAAAUAUAUAUACGUAAGUAUGUAUGGCAAAA